AUGAAAUCCCUCGGGAGCAUGCUGUUCGGGAUCGCCGCAGCUUUGCCCGCCAUCGCUGCCGCCCUGCAAAAUGCCUCCUACCCGACUGUUGACAUGUUGAGAGCGCAGCUAGCUCUCAUGGGUGAUAACGAUCGUCCAGACGGCUGCCCGCCAUGCUUCAACUGUCUCCUUCCCGCCCAUACCUGCACCCAGUACGCUGGCUGCAAUGAAUAUAACGGCAUCUGUGAUUGCCCCGCUGGUUUCGGUGGCGAUGAUUGCCUCAAGCCUCUUUGCGGCUCUUUGGCCCGCGGUCGCGACCGACCCAUGCGAUCUGGCGACCGCUGCGAAUGCGACGAGGGUUGGGGCGGUGUCAACUGCAAUGUCUGCACUCAGGACUCUGCCUGUAACGCCUUCAUGCCUGAUGAGACUGGCGGUGUCUGUUACCGCACUGGCGAGCUGGUUCGGACCAACCACCAGAUGUGCAACGUCGUCAAUAAGAUGAUUCUCCAAUUGCUCGGCGACCAAGUCCCAGAGGUCACUUUUACUUGCGACGCGGAAAAGGAAGAAUGUGAUUUCCAAUUUUGGGUUGAUCAGGUCGAGUCUUUCUACUGUCACCUCACCGAAUGCGAGUCAAGCGCAUCCUUUGGCGAUACCACAAACGGCACAUCGUAUAAAUGCAACAAAAUCGAAUGCACUUGUAUCCCUGAACGCAUGAUGUGUGGAAAGGACGGUUCUAUGGAUUUGACCGAUUUCUUGGCCGAAGCCAUCAAGGGUCCUGCGUCGUUUGAAUGCACCAACGACGACGAUACGCUCCACAAGUGCGCGUUCAAGGAACCCCAGAUGGACCAGCUCAUGACCGACCUGCUGGGUGACUCCAGCAUCCUGCUUACCUGCGGUGCGGGCGAGUGCAUGCACGAGACUGAAGUCCCUGGCUAUCGACGGCCUGUGAAGCAAAUCAACACUCCCCUCAUUGCCGGCAUCAUCGCUGCCUGUGCCCUGUUUGUUGUCGCUGUCAUUGUUGUUACUUGGUAUCUAGCUCGCCGCAGACUGCAGUAUGGCGCCAUUCAUCUUGAUGACUCCGACGACGAGAGCACCAAGCUCAUGGCCAACCACAGGCCCGCGUCGCUACAAUAUCAAAACGUGUCCUACGCUCUCAACGGAAAGCACAUUCUUACCGGGAUUCAGGGAAUUUCCCAUCCGGGCGAGGUUACAGCCAUCAUGGGUGCGUCUGGUGCUGGCAAGACGACAUUUCUUGAUAUCCUUGCCCGCAAGAAUAAACGCGGCCAUGUUUCUGGUGAUUUCUUUGUCAACGGCGAAAAGGUAUUGGAUAACGACUACAAAAAUGUCAUCGGCUUUGUCGAUCAGGAAGAUACGAUGCUUCCGACUUUGACCGUUCAUGAAACCAUCCUCAACAGCGCUCUAUUAAGAUUGCCUCGCGACAUGACCCGCGCCAGCAAGGAACAGCGAGUUUUCGAGGUGGAAAGAGAGCUUGGAAUCUACCACAUCCGAGAUUCGCUAAUUGGAUCCGAAGAAGGGAAGGGGCGUGGAAUCUCUGGUGGCGAAAAGCGACGCGUUGGAAUUGCUUGCGAACUGGUCACGAGCCCUUCCAUUCUCUUCCUUGACGAGCCCACGAGCGGUCUGGACGCUUUCAACGCUUACAACGUCAUCGAGUGCCUCGUCACACUGGCCAAAAACUACCAGCGCACCAUCAUCUUUACUAUUCACCAGCCACGCUCCAACAUUGUCGCCCUGUUUGAUCGGCUUGUGCUACUCGCCAAGGGUAAGACUGUGUACUCUGGCAAGUUCUCGGAGUGCCAACCAUACUUUGAUGGCAUUGGAUAUGAGUGCCCGCCUGGUUUCAACAUUGCAGAUUACCUGGUAGAUCUUACAAUGCACGCCGGCCGAGCUGACUCUAUUGAUGAUGGCACUGUCGGUGCUGACUCUGCAAGCGUCGGACCAAGCAGCACUAGAGCUGUCAAGUCUAUUGCCAGUGUAUCCGGUGCCAGCAUCGGAGAGGAACGCUCAGAAAGCUCAUCCUCCCGCCCGAGAGCCAAACGUGCCGACUCCAUCCGUACUCGACAGGAACGCGAGCUCUUUACGCGCAGACGCACUGCUGAUACCGCUGCAUCCUCGGAUGCUGGUGGCGAGGAAGUCGGGGCAUACAAGCUUCAGAAACACCCCGUCACAGCUCUCGGACAGCUACCCGAGGACCAUCACGAUUUGCCACCCGAUGCGUUAUCCGAAACCGAUCUUGAUCUAUUGUCCAAGGCGUUUGCCCAGUCUCACAUCGCCAUCAGCACCUACGACGAGAUCCAACAGUCUAUUGCGGCUGCUCAAGAUGCUAACGGCUCCAACGCUAAUGGGUACACCGUAGACGGUCCGAACAUCAACAUCAGUGCUGUCGGAAAGGGUUACCACCGCAUCAGCUACCCUCGCCAAUUCAUUAUUCUUUCGCAUCGCACCUUCAAGAAUCUUUACAGGAAUCCAAUGCUGAUGCUGACUCACUAUGCCAUUGCCAUUGUUCUUGCAGUCUUUGCCGGAUUCCUCUUUUACGGGCUUACUGAUGACAUUCCUGGCUUCCAAAACAGACUCGGCCUAUUCUUCUUCCUCUUGGCACUGUAUGGAUUCAGCACGCUCACAAGUCUGACUGUGUUUGCCAAUGAGCGUCUGCUCUUUCUGCGCGAACGAGCCAAUGGAUACUACUCACCAGCCACCUACUUUGCAGCCAAGGUGCUAUUUGACAUUGUACCGUUGCGGAUUAUUCCGCCUAUUCUGAUGGGCUCUAUUCUAUACCCGAUGACUGGCCUAGUACCCGAUUUUCCCCAUUUCAUCAAGUUCAUUAUCGUACUUGUGCUCUUCAACCUCGCUGCCGCGGCCAUUUGCUUGUUCAUCGGCAUCAUCUUCAAGGAUGGCGGCGUGGCCAACCUCAUUGGUAGCUUGGUCAUGCUGUUCAGUCUUUUGUUCGCGGGCUUCCUGCUCAACCGUGAGAAGAUUCCAGCCAGUGCCGCUUGGCUGCAGAGCAUAUCAAUUUUCCAUUACGGAUUCGAAGCUCUCAUUGUCAAUGAAGUGGUUGGACUGACACUCAUUGACGAAAAGGUCGGCAUCCCCAUCAAGGUGCCCGGCGCUACUAUUCUCAGUACAUUUGGCUUCCAGAACGGUGCUUUGUGGUAUGACAUUCGCAACCUGGGCAUCUUUGCGGCCACCUUUAUCCUCGUGGCUUACGCCGCCAUGCACAUUCUUCUUGUUGAGCGCAGAUAG